UGCUCUGGAGAAAUGUUGUGUUUAUAUGUGUGAUCAGCUUCCAGGAGCACACUCCCUCAACCCCCUUCUGUCUGAUACCGAGGAGCCACACAGUUCAGACAUGCCUUCACUGGGACUGGAGAUACUCGGAGUGGCUCUGGCCGUCCUGGGAUGGAUCUCAGCCAUCGUGUCCUGCGCCCUGCCCAUGUGGAGAGUGUCCGCUUUCAUCGGGGUGAACAUAGUCACCGCUCAGGUCACCUGGGAGGGCAUCUGGAUGAACUGCGUGGUCCAGAGCACCGGGCAGAUGCAGUGUAAAAUCCACGACUCCAUGCUGGCUCUGAGCGCUGACCUCCAGGCGGCACGGGCCCUCACCAUCAUCUCCAUCGUGCUGGGGGUCCUGGGGGUCCUGGUGGCCAUCAUGGGGGCGAAGUGCACCAACUGCGUGGACGAGGAGACGGCCAAAGCUCGGGUGAUGAUAGCUGCUGGUGUGGCCUUCAUCUUGGCCUCUCUAACCCAGCUCAUCCCCGUCUCCUGGUCCGCCAACACCAUCAUCAUGGAGUUCUACAACCCCAUCAUACCCGAGGCGCAGAAGAGGGAGAUCGGUGCGGCUCUGUACCUGGGCUGGGCCGCGGCUGCGUUUCUGCUCAUCGGAGGCAGCAUCCUCUGCUCCAGUUGCCCCCCGCAACCGGAGAAAAAGUACGGGCCGCCAUCCAGGAUGAUGUACUCGCAAACCAGGUCGAUCGCCCCAGGUGGCUACGACAGGAGAGACUAUGUCUGAACUCACAUCUGCUGCUUUUCUCACACUUUACCAUCACGGACAUAGAUCUGUCGUCGUGUUGAGAUGCAGUCUGUCAAAGUUUUUUGUGUCAUAGGUUUUUAUUUUAUACUUUAUAUAAUUACUUGUAUGCUUUGUUUCCUACAUUUAUAGGAACAUGUUUCUGUUCUUUUAACUAUGUUUCAUGAAAAACCUUCAGAAUUAUUUGUGUGAAGCUACUGUACAUGAUGCAUCUUUGUUACCUGCACCUGUUUUAAAUCUCCUUAUCUGUGUUGUUGACAUGUUUUUUCAUUAAAGUUCUUGAUUUUGACUGA